AUGUCCAAUAUCCUUAGCAUCACCGGACGGGUUGCCAUCGUUACAGGCUCUUCGUCGGGGAAUGGCAGGGCCAUCGCGCUGGCGCUGGCAUCAGAAGGCGCAUCCAUCGUCUGCAGCGACUUAACCUCUGAGAUUCGAGCCGGUGGCUACGAAAAAGACCUCACUCCAACCCAUGACCUGAUCGUCCGAACCCACGGGCAAGGCAAGGCCAUCUUCCAACGGGCAGAUGCCAGCUCGGAAGAUGAUGUCAAGCUCCUGGUCGAUCUGGCAGUCAAGACCUACGGCAGACUCGAUAUCAUGGUCAACAAUGCCGGCAUUUUCACGGGCCUGGCCAAUAUCGUUGAUGAACCUGUCAGCAACUACGACAAGACAAUGGCCGUGAACGCAAGAGGCGUUUAUCUCGGGAUGAAGUUUGCCAUCACGCAGAUGAUGAAGCAAGACCCCUUGCCGUCGGGAGAGCGUGGAUGGGUCAUCAAUAUCGCCUCGAUCGGGGGACAAGUCGGCCUUGCCUUGGAACCAUCAUAUUGUGCCAGCAAAGGGGCUGUGGUCAAUCUCACGCGCCAGGUGGCGGUCGACUAUGCUCCACAUAAGAUCCAUGUGAAUGCCGUCUGUCCGGGCUUCUUAGCCACGGCGAUGGUCAGGCCUUUCUUGGAGAAGAAGGAAACGAACGAAUUGCUCCACCAACAAAGCCCCUGGCCACACCUCGGAACACCUGAAGAUGUUGCAAAGGCUGUACUCGUUCUGGCCGGUGAUGCUGCGAGUUGGAUGACGGGCAGUUUCUUGCAGGUCGACGGUGGUUUCAUUGCACGCUGA